GUACACCGGUAUUUUAAUUUUAGAUGAUAUAGUUGACAGUGAUAUAUAUUACCACUUUCUCCUUCUGCAUUGCGCAUAUAGAACUCUAAUGUGUCCUAGAAACUUUGCUUCUAAUCUUCAGGCAGCUGAAGAUAUGAUUAAGUACUUUGUACAAAUAUUCCCCGAUAUAUAUUUUGAGAAAAGUGUAACUUACAACGUACAUAGCUUGCUACAUACCGUUGAAGAUGUCAGAAGACUAGGGUUUCUUCCUGGCCUGGCAGCUUAUAAAUUCGAAAAUUUUAUGCUACCAUUAAAGAAAAUGGUUAAAAAACCAAGAAAAUUUUAGAACAAAUUAAUAAUAGAUACAAAGAUAUUAAUUUAGUUAAAAAUCAACAGUCACCAAGUUUCAAAAAAAAUCAAAAAGGAAUAAUUCAGAACUUUAAAUCAAUCGAUUUAUAUUUGUCUUUAAAACAACCGGACAACUUUUGUUGUAUGAAUGACAAUAUUCCUAUUAAAAUCUCGAGCUUCUCAGAGGAAGAUAAUCAGCGAUUUGUUAUAGGAAAACAAAUUUUAAACGCUAAGCCGUUUUUUCUUGAACCAUUGAAUUCCAUGACGGAUUUAGGAAUUAUUUUAGUAAACAAGGAUGUUUCUUCAGACGAUGAAAAAUUUAAUUUAUCUGAUCUAACUUAUAAAUAUCUUGUUUUGCCAAGUGAUGAAAUCACUCUUUUGCUCAUUCCUAUACUACAUCAGUGUCUUUAAUUUAAUUAAAAACUAUCCACCAAAUUGAAAAAAAACCAUAAAGCUAUACAAACAAUAGACGAAAACAAUAGACCAAAACAUGAAUAAGGAAAAUAAUUCACCAACGCUCUCUAAUAUACGCUCAAAUGACGAAAACAAUGAAGCCAUCAGCUCUUCUCCAAACAGCACCAUCAAGCGCACAUCAAGAAGAUCUUUUAGGCCAACGAGUUCAUAUUCAGCUGACUUCGAAAACUAUAUUAGACAGGAGUUUACCGCAUUACGAGCUAAUAUAGAGCAGCUAAAUAAUAGUUUUUGCGAGCUUAAUGCACGGUUCAAGCAACUUUCGAAUAACGAGGUCAUAAACACUCGAGAAAUUUCCACCGCCUUCCCAAUUGAAACUGUGGAGGACGUUGAGGAACUGGAGAAGAAAAUUGCUGAGGAACCAGAUCGAUACAUCGAACUUUUCAAGAAACUCGUCGGUGGAAAUGGUGGAAUAGAAAAAAACCUGAAAAAUCUUAUUGGACCAAAUGUAGCCGUAUUAUAUAAUUUCGACGGAACAAGUGGAAAAAAACACUUUAAAGCGUUGAAAAAUAUAAACACGACCUUAUAUAGUGCUGUCAAGAAGGAUGUCCCUUCAUAUAAACUAUAUGAAAAAAGUAUUCGUUUAUCCUUCAAACGGAUUAAAAACUUAUACUUUAAGAAAGCUUCGAACCAAAAGAAAAAAAGCCCCCAAGAAGAACAACUUUCUAAGAAUAUUACCACCCAAGAAGACCCAAAUGAAAUGUAUAUGCGAACAGCAUCUUUUUAGUUUUUUUUUUUUAAUAUUUUUAUUUACGAUUCAUUUUUAUUUUUUAUAGUUAUGAAAAUACCUUUUGAGUUUUUUGUAUUUAAUUUACCUACAUAUUUAUUUUUCUUUAUGUCAUUUUUAUUGAUACAGAAAUAAAAAUAAACCAAAAAUAAAAAGGAAACAAAAUGUUUUAUGAUUUCAUUUAUUUUCUUUCUUCGAAGGAACUAUUUCGUGGUUGUACUGGUCUUUUUCAUUACUGAAAAAACAACCUCCAGAAAUGCAGACAUUUCAGUAAUGAAAAAUUGAUAUUUUCAAUGCUUCUUUCACUAAAUAAUUUCAGUAAAAAACUAUACAUUUUUCAUGCAUUCAUUUUCUGUGACGAAAUCGUAACAUAAUAAGAACCACUUUUUUAAGCCCAGAAAAUGAACUGAUGAAUUCGCUGAUUCCAUAAGCCCAGUGAUUUCAUAGCAAAAUGUUCAUCGAGAAUGGGUGUAGGUACUUACUUCUAAUGACAAGCCAAUGUUAAAAUCAUUAGAGGAUUCAGUAGAAAAUUCAUUGGUGAAGCUUCUUUUCUUUGGGGAAAAAGCAACUUCUUCACUAGUGAAUUUUUGGA